AUGUUACAAACUUCACGUAUUAUAUCAAAUAAAAGUUUUAAUAUAGAAGAAUAUGAAACAGUUAAAUUUGAUUGUCUAAUUGAACAACAUAUAUUAGCUGCAUGGCGUAUUAGUUUACGUCAUGAUAAUAUUUAUCGAUAUUAUUAUACAAAUUCAAAUUUUCGACAUAAAUUUUUACAAGAAAAUGAACAUGAAGAUAAAUCAAGAGAUGUUAUGUUUGAAAAUAAUAUGCAUACAAUGAUCUUUUUUAAUGUACGUCAAUGGAUAAAUAGUGCAUUUGAAAAUAUUCAAUGUGUUAUAUAUAAUAAUAAAACAAAUAUAUUUGAAAUAAUGAUUUUUUAUUUAAAUAUUUAUGUUUCUCCAUUUUCAUUUUCAUUAAAUAUAAAUGAUAUAUCUAUGAAAGAUCAGUCUAUAUUUUGGUUUUAUGAUACACAACGUAUAAAUAUUGUAUGUGAAAUAUAUUCUUAUCCAAAAUCAAUAUUACAAUUUUAUUUAAAUCAUCAAAUAAUUCAUUCAAAUGAAAUUAUUGAUUGUCUUUAUGAUGAUUUAUCUACUGUUUUAUUAUCAAAUUCAUUAUGUCUUUUACAAACACAUUGGCGUAUACGUGUACGAAUAAAUACUACAAUAUAUCUUUCAAAAGAAAAUAAUGAACAAAAUUUUACAUGUUCAAUUAUUAAUUUUCCAUAUGGAAAUACAUGGAAAUAUUCAACAUGUAUUCAAUUCAUUGAAAUCGAAAAAAAAACUAUAAAACUAAGCACUUCAUUCAUAUCAUCUUUCAAAUAUUCCAGAAUUAUCGAGACACCAUUGAUUGAUUCAACAUUUGUGACAUUGUCAACAACACAAACAAUAAUAUUCAAAAAAUCUGAUAAGUUUCUUCAAGGUUCACAAGAUUGUCAAAUACAUUAUGGAAGUCGAUACCAAUCUAUUAGUUUUAUAUUCAUUUUUGUAAUAACAUUAUCAAUUAUAUUAACUUAUCUUAUUUAUAAAAGUAAAAGAAUAAAAGUAUUUAAUAUAACAUCAAUUCAAUAA